UGGCAAUGUCGUCGUGUUGUGAAACCGGCAAAAUAAAUUUUCUAGGAAUGGCUUAUCUUGGGCGAUCAUCGUGGCAGCUUUGAGUUGACCUGAUCAGCAAGAUGAAGUUAGUCCAGAGAGAUAUCGAUAAGACAGGUGCAGGGUCUGUUUCCCUGAUUCCUGAAGAGGCUGAAGAUAUGUGGCAUGCCUAUAACCUGGUAUCACAUGGGGACACACUGAGAUCUACUACUAUCAGAAAAGUACAGACGGAGUCAGCCACAGGCAGCGUGGCCAGCAGUAAAGUAAGAACCAUGCUGACCAUAUGCGUGGAGAGUCUGGAUUUUGACACCCAAGCCUGUGUACUGAGGGUGAAGGGGAGAAACAUUGUGGAGAACCAGUAUGUUAAGAUGGGUGCAUACCAUACUCUUGACCUAGAGAUGAACAGGAAGUUCACACUGGGCAAACACGAGUGGGACAGCAUCUUUCUGGACAGAAUAGAGCUAGCUUGUGACCCGAUGCAGAGAGCAGACGUGGCUGCUGUGGUAAUGCAGGAAGGCCUUGCACACAUCUGUCUUGUCACCCCAAACAUGACGCUGCUGCGUGCAAAGAUAGAGACAAAUAUCCCACGAAAGCGACGGGGCCAGUGCAGCCAACACGACAAGGGUCUGACUCGUUUUUAUGACCAGAUAAUACAAGCCAUUCUCAGGCACAUCAACUUUGAUGUUGUCAAGUGUGUCCUCGUUGCAAGCCCUGGAUUUGUUAAAGAUCAGUUUAAUGAGUACAUGUUCCAGCAGGCCAUCAAGUUGGAGUACAAGAUACUACUGGAGAACAAGUCUGAGUUUGUCCUCCUCCAUUCUUUCUCUAGUUUCAAACAUGCUAUUAACAAAGUGCUGUCCGAUCCAGCUGUCACAUCAAAACUGGCAGACACGAAAGCAGCAGGAGAAGUGCGAGCUUUGGAUGACUUCUAGAUGUUACAGAAUGAUCCUAAUAGGGCUUUCUAUGGUAUCAAGGCAGUAGAGAGGGCAGCAGAGUUACAGGGUAUAGAAACCUUGAUGGUUACAGAUGAGCUUUUCAGGUCAGCUGUUGUGGAGAAGAGGAAGCGGUAUGUGAAGCUGGUGGACACGGUCAAAGAUCUGGGAGGAGAUGUGAAAAUAUUCUCCAGCCUCCAUGUCUCAGGAGAGCAGCUGACUCAGCUGUCUGGCGUGGCGGCCAUUUUGAGGUUCCCCAUCCCUGAUGAGGAUGAAGAUCAGGAUUCGGAGGAGGAAAACUGAGGCCAGGUUCAGGGUCAAUGCAAUUAUCAAACUGUGGGAUGUGAGAUUUACUGAUGCACUCCAUACGAUGGACCAGAAAGACAAAACAAUUGACAACUGACCAGCGUUAUUCCAUAUUAGUAAGCUAUUCAGUGGUUCUGAGCAUUGUAAGGGAAUGACCUUAGAGUGAACCAGUACAAUUGCAUACCUAUACACAAAGGUAUAUGUACUUGUGUGUAAGUAACCGGGUGGAAUUGCAUGUGGACGUAGGUGAUGUCUUGUGUUUGGUACAAACAGACAAAUGGGAUUAUAUGGACUAAUAUACCGUACAAGAACGAUUGAAAAUGAGGAUUUUCCUAUUUUAAGGUAUUGGUACAUAAAUUACUCUUGAUUUGAGGAUAUAGACUGUACAAUCAAGAUGAAGGACUAAUCUAAAAGACUGUGUUUACAACAUUACUAAACCAAACAAGCAAGAUGGCAGUAGGUCACCCCAUCACACUUACAUAAGGCUCAUAACACACCACUAUGUUUCUCCUUAACUUUCAUCCAUUAGACUGGCUGAUGUGGUCGCAAAAUGGUGUAUAUGGCGAUUAGUCAUUUAGAACCUUCUUUUAGUAUAUCUUAAAGAUAAAGAAAACAUUAAUGACUACGGGAUGACCAUGACACGCUCUCCAGCAAAAUGGUUCAGUUUAUUUUUUUAAGAAUUCUUUCAACAAAGUAAAAUACAUUUGAAACAUUGGAUUCCACGUCGGUAUUUUCUGACUAUAUUGUGACCAGCCAAGUGACAUUUUUAGGAGCCAGUUAAGAUGGUCACUAAAGCAGUCCUUUUUAAUGCCUGUUAGCACAGUUUGACUGGCUGGUGUGGGAGAUAGGCAAGUCCAGGCGAUGCCUUAUCUAAUUUGAAUUUAGGUGUGGUAUAUUUACUCAAGCGUGACCAAGGCUGCAAGUUUUAACCCAAGAAACCUUAUUUCAACUGUCGCCAUUGUAAACAAUUAAACAUCAGUGAUGGUGUAUAUUGUUGUACAAUUUGUAAGCGAAGUCCAACUUACAAACUAUGUAGAAAAAGUCGUGGUUUUGCCUUUAAUAUAUAACUUGUUCCUGAAACAGAUGACCGUUCUGCAAAGCUGUCUCGAUGCUGCCUUUCGACAAUGCUGCCACUAUUUUCAAUAGUGACGUAUCUCUUCAUUGUAUGUUGUCGUGGAGAUAGCGUCAGGUCAGUUUGCAGCUGCUUGUUAUAUCAGGCCCGUGAGCUACAUGUGGAAGCAAUUUGUCAUAUUAAAACCAUUGAACUUUAAAAUGAAAUAUAAAGUUUUAAGAAAUUUAAUUUCAUACGAAAUGUAUAUAUGCUCUGAAGAUCCUUGUAAAUAUAUCUGUACGCUAAUGGUCAUCUAUUAUUUAAAUGAAUACACGUAGAUUUAUCUAUGUGGAUUUAAAUUUGUUAGCAUUUGAAAUGCUACUUAAUCCAAGAAAUAAAAAAAUUCAAAACUUUGAAUUUUCGGAAUUCAACUGUAUAAAAAGGGUUGAGCUGACAUUCAGAGAAUAUAAGCAGCCAUCUCUGACAACUAUUUGGAAUUAUUCUAUGGUUUAUAUAUGUAUAUUUAUAAAAUUGAAAUGUAUAUUUAAGAGCUGUUUGUCUCCGCAACGAUGUGACAUAAAUUGAUGUAGUAUGAUGGCAGUUAUUUGCAAAUAAAGAAAUUG